CUCACAGCAGGUUUCAUCAUGUCGAACGUCGAGGACCUUCUUCGAGACUUCGAGGACGACGACGAGGAUCUCCAGGUCGGAGAUGGCCUGGACGACGGAAAUGGCGAUGACGAUGACAACAUGGUGGUGGACGAGGAGCAGCUCGCUCAGCCAGCGGCGCCCGAGAUCACCAACGAGUUCGACGUUGCGCUGUCGACCCAAGACGAACUGACCCGGCUCCACAAGGUCCUGCGCGACCACUACUCGAUCCGGUUCCCCGAGCUCGAGACGCUCGUCACGACGCCGCUCGACUACGCCAAGACGGUGGCGAUCCUCCAGAACGGCCCGCUCAACGACAUCAAAGCGCUGUCGACUUCCGCCGAUAACAUGGUUGGCGUGCCGCUGCGGUCCGUCCUGGACGGCCCGUCCUUGAUGGUCGUGGCGGUGGAGGGCACGACGACGCGAGGCCGGGAGAUGACCGAGUCGGAGCUGAAGGCGGUGCUGGAUACGUGCGAGCGGAUCUUGAAGCUCGACCGGGAGCGCACCGCGUUGACGGAGAGCAUCCAGUCGCGCAUGAGCCAGAUCGCGCCCAACCUGGCGGCGCUGAUCGGCCCGGAGACGGCGGCGCAGUUCCUCAACCAGACGGGUGGUCUACGCGAGCUGGCCAAGAUCCCCGCCUGCAACCUCGGGGCGCAGGGCUCGAAGAGAAAGGAAGGAUUGGGAUUUGCUACGAAUCACGGCAUCCGGGCGCAGGGCUUCCUCUACAAUUCGCCCAUCAUCUCCGAGAUCCCGAAUGACCUCAAGCGGCAGGCGAUCCGCAUCGUGUCGGCCAAGAUGGUGCUCGCCACCCGCGCCGAUGUUUCAAACUACAGCCCCGACGGCUCCCUGGGCGAGGAGCUCAAGCAGCAGUGCUUCCAGCGGUUGGAGAAGUUGACGGAGCCCGCGCCCAACUCUGGAGCCAAGGCGCUGCCCGCUCCGGACGACAAGCCCUCUCGCAAGCGCGGUGGUCGGCGGGCCCGCAAGGCCAAGGAGGCCGUCGCGAUGACGGAGCUCCGCAAAGCCCAGAACCGGGUUGCCUUUGGCAAGGAAGAAGCGGAGGUGGGUUAUGGCACGGGAGAAGGAACGGUCGGAUUGGGCAUGCUUGGCCAGCAGAACGAUGGCCGCAUCCGCGCCACGCAGAUCGACCAGAGGACCCGGGCCAAGCUCAGCAAGAACAACAAGGGAUGGGGCACGGCGACGCCCGUCAGUGGUACCUCGACCUCUCUACGUGCCUUUGGUGGAGGACCCGGCACCAGCGGAACUGCCAGUGUCCUCCAGGCCAGGGGUCUCCGGGCUUCGGGGAUCGGUACUUCCUUGGGUGGAUCCGCCGGCACGGCCAGUACCAUCGCUUUUACGCCGGUGCAAGGAUUGGAGCUGGUUGAUCCCAAGGUGCAGGCCGAGUUGAGUCGCAAGCGCAAGGCUGAGGAAGACCGGUGGUUCAAGUCCGGAACCUUCACGCAGGUUGGCGGGCAGCAGACUCCUAGCAACCCCGCAGCACAAGGCCAGAACGGAGGAUUCAAGGUCCCGGCCAUGCCUCCGAAGAAGAAGGUCGACACCGGCGACGGCAAGAUGGCGCCGCCUCCCCCGCCCCUGAAGCGGUAGAAUUUUCAAUGCCACCUCGCUUUGGCUUUUUCUUUAUCUACUUAUUUGUGAUCACGAGCAUUUUACUGGCGUUUCAAAAGACUAGGCAGCCCUGCAUGAUACCAUACCAAUCCAAGAAAUUCUGUAUGACAAAAGUCCAAUAAUAAGAGCAAGACUUGGCAG